AUGGCCAGCUUGUAUGCUGCAAAUGGCAUACUGUUAAAAAGAGCACUUCGAGGAGCCAAGUUUGGUGGAUUUCUGACGUGUAACAGGCUCAGUUCACUUACAUGGAAAGUUCGCUACUAUGCAGAAGUGAACGACGGUAAUAAGGCUUCAAUACCCCUCAACACGUCGCCAAUCGAGUUUUCCUCGAACAUCUCGGCCCACAUUGCGAAAAAACAAGAUCAAAAGUCAGCCAACUCGGCCCUGGAGGUCCUAAGCUGCACAGAUGACGUUACAACGCAACGAACGCCAAAUCUUCCGUUCGAGGUAAAACCGCUGGAUCGCAAACAGCGAAACAAGGUGGGUAGCUCCAAUGAUUCCGUUUUGACUCAAAAGGCUGCGAAAAAGCUGUUGAAAUCUUACCUUCAAUUAUCGAAGCCUAGGCUCACUGUUCUCGUGAUGCUCAGCUGCAUUUGUUCGUACGCACUCAGUCCUUCGGCCGCUACGGUCCCAGAACUCAUGUCAUUAACGGUCGGUACAGCGCUCAGCUCCGCUGCAGCGAAUGCCAUCAACAUGGGUCGAGAACCUGAUUUCGAUAGACGAAUGGUGAGAACUCAAGCAAGGCCCGUGGUCCGUGGUCUUUUGACACCGAAACAGGCGUACAAAUUCGCUUUGGUGACAGGGUCCCUGGGGGUUUCUAUUCUGUACCUGGGAGUUAACACAACAGUAGCUGCGCUAGGAGCAACAAAUAUCGCCUUGUAUGCGUGGAUUUACACGUCUCUGAAACGAAAACACAUUAUUAACACAUGGGUAGGUGCGAUUGUGGGAGCUCUUCCGCCACUUAUGGGCUGGUGUGCAGCCAACUCUCUCACCGAUCCAGGCGGAUGGUGUUUGGCUGGGUUCCUAUAUGCAUGGCAGUUCCCACAUUUUAACACGCUGAGUCACAACAUCAGAAACGAAUAUAAAGACGCCGGUUAUGUUAUGACAUGCUGGAAGAAUCCUAAGCUGAACGCCAGAGUUGCUUUCAGAUACUCACUUCUCAUGUUCCCGCUAUGUUUCGGCCUGUCAUACUACAACGUUACAGAUUGGUACUAUCAGUUGGAUUCCGCCAUUGCCAACGCCUGGUUAUCAUACUGGGCAAUGAAGUUUUGGUGGCAACAGAGGUACAAUUACUCUGAAAAGAUACUGAAAGACAGAUUGAAGUUCAAUAAAGGUGUUGCAUUGGCAAAUGUGUAUGCACGCAAGACUUUUUGGGUCAGCGUACUGCAUUUGCCAGCGGUCUUGAUUUUGGCCAUUUUACACAAGAAAGGUCGUUGGGAUUGGCUUUUCGAAAGCGAAGCCAAAAGUUCAAAAUUAAGUGUAUAG